AUGACCGGGCCGAAGAAGAAGCGAUGUAGAAAGACGAAGGUACAGCUAGACUAUUUCCAGUUGUGCGCGCUUAGAGGCAUUGUAAGCAGUUACGGAAAUAGAAAAGAAGUGCCCACAUUAGGAAAAAUCUUGGCGGCGGCCAAGCAUGAACUCAACUACAGAGGCGGUAAAGAGUCACUUAGGUUAAUACUGCUGAAUAAAUUGGGUAUCAAGUUCAAAAAGUGUGAGAAAAAGAAUAAAAAACCACCGGAACAAAAUAUUCAGCCAAUUCAGCAGAUACCAAAUGUGAUUACCCAUCCCCCAAUGCAGCCAGUGAAACCAGUGGAGAACCAGUAUAUAUACAAUAAUAUGAUGCCGCAGGUGCCACCAGUAUCAUAUUAA